AUGGCAUCUUCUGAAACACCAUCAUCACAACCACCAUCACAAGAAGCAUCUUCAGCUCAAAGUUUAGUUCAAAAUAAUGUUAGAGGGAAGACUGAUAUAGCUUGGGCACAUUGUACUAGAAGUCCCGAUGGAAAAUCUCUUCUUUGUAUGUACUAUCACAAAUCUUUUGGUGGAGGUGGAAUUCAUAGGAUGAAACAACAUUUCAAUGAGCGGAGCAAGAAAAGAAAAGCUUCAGAUGUGGCUGAAAGUGAGUCAUUUACUACGGAGGGAGAGGAAUUGCAAAUUGGUGCAUCUAAAAAGAAUGACGCUCGUAUUGAUACUUAUUUUUUACCAAGAACAACUCCGGGAGCUCAACCUACUUUAAAAAGUGUGAUGCAAAUUGAUGCUCUUUGUUGUAUGGGUGCUGGAUAUAAAGUUCCUACCAUGCAUGCUCUUCGUGGUAAUUUGUUAAAUAAGUGGGUUGAUGACGUGAAGAUACAGAUAGAGAAAUAUCGUUCUAUUUGGAAGGAUACAUGUUGUAUUCUUAUGGCAGAUGGGUGGACUGAUCGUUGUAGGAGAACUCUUAUCAACUUUUUAGUUUAUUGCCCCAAAGGAACUGUUUUCAUAAAGUUUGUUGAUGCCUCAGAUAAUGCUGCAAAUUAUGUUGCUGCUGGAAAGUUGUUGGAAAAGGAGUUUCCUAAGUUGUUUUGGUCUCCUUGCGCAACACAGUGUAUUAAUUUGAUGUUGCAAGACAUGGGGAAAUUGGAUGAAGUAAGUGAGGCAGUGUCACAUGCUUCAAAAAUUACCAAAUACAUAUAUAAUCAUUGUUUUGGAUUGUAUUUGAUGAGACAAAAUACAGGUGGAAGAGAAAUACUCCGUCCUGCUCCAACCCGCUUUGCUACUAAUUUCAUUGCAUUGCAAAGUAUUUUGUCUCAUAAAGAUGCACUAAGAGCCAUGGUAACAUCCAAAGAGUGGACAAACACAACUUAUUCCAAAAAUGUCAAGGCAAAGCAAUUUGUGGAACAAGUCUUAGACUCAAGCUUUUGGUCUAAAUGUGCUGACAUAGUGAAAAUUACAGAACCUCUUGCACCUGUGUUGCGUAUUGUUGAUAGUGAAGAUAAGCCGACUAUGGGAUAUCUUUAUUGA